CCGGCUGUAUUCAAAUCUAUCGACUAAAAUUAUAUUUUUCAUUUUAUUCUUCGGUGGAAAAUUUUAUUUCCAAAUGCUUAAAAUUAUAUAAAGUUUGUGAUUUAUUCUAAUUACUAUUUAUAUGUGUCGAUGUAUUUUCUCCUAAUGGGUAGUGUUCUGUGCAAAUUAACACCAAAAGAUGAAGUACGCGCUCGAACUGCUCUCGUUUAGAAUCUGAUUAGGGAAUAAUCUUCAAGCUCAAUAUACAAUACCUAUUUAUUGUUUAAAUCUGCAAACAGAGUCACAAACUAAUUGGCUAAUACCUACAUACAUACUUCAGAAUUCAGUCACAUAAGUGUUCAGCAUGGUUGAUUGUUCCCAAAGCCCAAAUAUUUUUUCCCAAAGUAGUAGUAUAGAAGAUGCAAACAGCAUGUCUCCGGUACGUUUUGUGUGAGAUAAUACCAAUUGUUUUAUUAAUUCCAAUUACCUAUCAAAAACUACUAUUAUUUUAAGAUGGAUGUGGAUACAUAUGCUUCCUUCAUAAAUAGUUUGAAAGAAUCUCUAGUACAACAGAAUUUAUCAGCAGAAAAUUUCACUUUAAUUAUUCAGGACUGUGAGAGGGGAAUUAUCCAGUGUAUGGAAAUGAUUAUAAAUAUGUUGGAGAGCACAAAUUUAGAAGGUGUUAAACUGAACACCUGUUUACAAGAUGCAAUUGAAAUCCUACAAAUGCUGUCAGAUUUUGUUAAGAAGAUCUUGGAAUCUAUGGUAUUGACAUGUGCUAAUAUGAAACUGUUUCCAACAACAGUAGCCAAAAUAAUCUUAUCUGUUUUUAAUCAUUGCAAGGAUAGUGAACAUAUGUAUGGUGAGCAUUUAAACAAAGUACAGCAAGUGUUGAAAGACUUGUUCCGUACUUGCCAUGAGUUGCAAGUCAUUUAUCUCAUGGCCUUGGAAAAUCAUUUCACAUUUAAUGUUACGGAGGUGGAUGAAUUAAAUAUAUUAUUAGAGACUUUAGAUUUAAAUCUGAAGAUUGGCGAUGUUGCACAGUUACUAGAUAUUAAAACUAUGGCUGCGCAAUGGAAGUAUUACACAAGCAUUUGUGACAAAUAUUCCAAACAUUUGUUGAAUAGAAACAUUUACAAUAAAUGCAGUAAACUGUUUGCUAAUUUAAUAAGGACUAAUAUGAGAACUGCUCUUGAGGUUGAAGAGGAAAAAAUUGCGCUAAGGUCCAUAAAAGUUGCGAGCUUUGGGAUAAUGAUACUGUUGAAAUUGACGAAUACGUUUAAGGAUGACGUGAAUAAUGAUUAUGAAAUUAUUGUUUGUUUGCUUUUAGACAUUGUCAUAUACGACAGUUCAUAUUUGAAACUAAUAUUAGAAAAGUCAACGGAAUUUAUAAACCUUGUUGAGAAGAAUGUAUCAAACGCUUUUGAGAGUUUGCUUGCUCAUCUGUUAUUGGAAAAUAAUUUCUUAAAGAGAAUCAUUCAAUUAGGAUCUCAAACACAUACAAGUGAUGAGGAAGUUCUUAGUAAACUGAUGCUUGUAAUAUCUGUCAUUAAAGGUGUAACUCUAGCAAAUAAGUCACAGGAUUGUGGAGACCUGAGAGUUAAUAUUUUAAAGACUUUGUUGAAUAUAAUUCCCAAUGGACAUGUUUGGUUCAACAUUGGCUUAGAAAUGACGACUCACGGCAAUAACAAAUUUGGAUUGUUUGAACAUUUGUUGGUCAAUACACUAGUAUAUGUGUCGAGCUUUACCACGGAAGAAUUCUCAAUGGUGGAGCGGAUAUUGUAUGAGACUGUACUGAGCUGUGAUAGUUACAGUGCGCUGUUUGCUGCUAAUCUAUGGAUUUUACUGAUCAGGUUAUGUGGUAAAACCAUACUUACAAACACACUACAGUGUCUCAUAAGGAUCCACCAUAAGUUGUCCCAACACAACUUGUUCGAUUCCUCACCACAGAAGAUUCACAUGACACAUCUGCUUCGGGGACUGUUCGAAAAUGUGUCACCAGAUCAAAGACUGGCCGUGUGUAAACAGUAUAACGUACUGGAUGAGAAUCAUUUUGACAUUUGGAUUGCUUUGAGAGUGUCAAAUUUACCAAAUAAUGUUGAAGGCAAUAUUAAAAAACGGAUUUUGGAAAGGAUUUGCAGAAUUCUAAAUAACUUGAAUUUAGGGGAUACAGAGCAAAAUGAUAUACUAAUAAAGCUUAUAAAUUUAGCAGCAACAUGUUCCUGUACAGAAUCUAAUCAAAUCAGUGAGCUGUUCGCGAAAGCUUGGAGGAAAGCAUGUCCUGUUUGUAUUCAGCUCACUAUUGGACCCCAGUUGAAUGUCGACACCUUGUGUUUGUAUAAGUAUGUGGAUGCUCUGACGGAGCUGGUGCGAAGCGCAGUAAAUAAAAUUAAUAAAAAAACGGCCCUCCAGAUAAUUCAUGUGAUGUCAACCAUAUUAAAAACAAGGAGUCCACCAUUUGUAAGUGUUCUGUUGGAACAAUAUUGUAAUCUGUGGCUUGCACAUACAGCUGAUGUCAUCAAUUUUGCCGAUAACCCACUUGACAUUUUGAGUUCACUCGCUACAGAGAAUCGUACAAAAAUACUAGUUUAUAAUGUUGUUAUGAGCAAUAUAGAAUUAUACAAUAUUGUCAGUGAAGAGCCAUUUUAUAAACUAUUAUCAGAUAUAGAAAGUAGGCGAAAUAGUAUUUUGGAAUUAAAAGAGGAGUUGUUACUCGUAUCUGAGGGUAGAUUUGCCCAUAAAUGUCUAAGUUCCAAAUUGGAAACUCAAGAACAGAAUAAUUUUGAUCUGGCUGAUAUUGAUUCGUUGUUUGACACAGACGGACAGGAGCCAGCGUCUAAACGGGUCAAGUUGAAUUUGAACGAAGCUGAUGAUCUGUUGAACAAGUUAGAAGAAGCGGCUUCUGAGCUCUGUGCUAUGACUGUGUUUUCUGCCCCUCAGAGACGCAGAGUAUCUGAUGUUUGUAAUAUCUUAAGAAAUAUAUGUGAACAGUGACAA